ACGAGGUGGCAACACCGACAGUCGAUUCCUCUUCCUUAUUAAAAUCGAUAACAGAACAGCUGUUUUCGUCGCUCUCUCGGGAAUUUUAUAAACGUUCUUUUUAUUUAUUUUGCAAUUUAUUUAUUUUCUGUGAAAUCUUUCGGUUAAAAAUCAAAGUCGAAACACAUUAAUAUUGUUAGGAGGCUUUGAAAUUCAAAACCGGUCGAUUUGAAGCACCAACUAGUACAAAAGUGCUUCAUUUGUCAAAUGUGAUUGGCAUAUGCCUUAAAUUAUAAUAAAUAUUUCCAUAUCGGAGUCGAAAUGUCAUUCGAUUGUUAAGUAUUCCAAGUUAUGAGUGAACCACAGCAGCCAGGAGACUCGGCAGGAGCUACCUCAAAUGCCGGUGAGGACUCAGGCAAUCGGCCGGCAAGCAGUGCUGCCGGCGGAGGAUUCGGCAACUCGGCUUCGGGUUCUCGAGGCUCGAGUCCCAACAGCUGGCGGAAGAACAACUCGCGACCCUGGAACCGAGGACGUGCGGACAGUGGUCCCUUUAACAAGAGAGGGAGGAAUUACAAUCAAAAGCCAUAUCCACGUUCAGAUUACGGAAAUCAGGAUCAAACUGACGACCCUAACCCAAAUCAGCAACGCCAGGAGAGAGAUUUUACCAAGAGAACUGAUUUUCAGGAAAGAAAUCCUCGAUAUUUCGAUGAAAGAUUCUCUGGCAGGAACACAGAUUAUAACUACAGAAACUACAAUCGGAAAAAGAAGUCUAAGAAAAAUCGAGAUAAACUCCGCAGAUCGCCUUAUCAAUGGAAUAGACGAGAUGGCGAUAAUUCCUUCAAAUCACCUCCUCGUUAUGAUGAAAGUGGUUUAGACUUAAACACAGUAACACCAAAUGACUUAAAAAAGGAACAUAGCUGUGAAUCGAAAAGUGACUCUCAAACUCAAGAACACCAAUCUGAUCAAGUACAUCACAAUGAACAAGUAGCAAGUGAAAGAAACGAUAAAGAACAAAGUACAGUUGCCUCAGAAGAACGAACCAUACCCUCUCCUAUCACUAACAACGAAGAAUUUGAAAAGGCUCAUGAAGCUUUGCAGGCUGCAGAAAACACUCCAAGUAGAGAAGAACCAUAUCAAAGAUCAGGAGCACAAUUGUUGGGAGAGGAAUUAAGUCUGUCCAACUCCAGUGAGAACACUUCUACUACAGAGUCUAGUCAACCAAUUCAGCUUAUCAAAUGUCGUCCCCUAACCCAGCUACUGAGACAGGAGCUCUUUGCAGUCACUCAGGAAAAUCAUCAAUCUAAACCUUUUCUUCUUAGUCCAUCUCCAUCCGCCAGUCCCAUUCGCCCAAACUUUAUAGCCAACCAGAGAUAUCGUCGAAGGACGGUAAGUCGCUGUAAUUAUAAUGGUGGAAGUUUCGGUCAAGCUGAAGAUGAUGAAGAAAUCAUCAAUGAUCGUAUCGCUAGUAUGGAUAAGGAGAGUCUAAAGUACAUCAUCAACAAUAGUGACACCAUCUACGAAGAACACUUACAACUGCAAGCCAGGAGGCGUAUACGCGACGUGAUUCGUCAGCAGCUAAAGAGUAUUGAGUUGGAACAGCCCAAGGAUAAUUGUGUAGAAGAUCUGGUCGAAGACGAAAUUGUAGAUGCCAUUAAAUUGCCCGACCUCCUGCUGCAGGAGAUCCAAAAGUGUUUCGGCAUAAAUAUAUCUGAGGGUCAGAGAGCUACGACUUCUAAAGUAGAUAACCAAGCUAAAACAAAGAGUAAAAAUUCUGUGGAAAGUUCGAGAUCAGUCAAAGACAACGAAGGAUCUAAAAAGGGUUGUAACGAAGCAGUGAACUUUGCAGGAACCAGUAGGGUUAGUAAAGAAGUAACGAAUGUUAAAGAGUCUAGGAAUACUAUCAAAGAUAGUACAACAAUAGAAACUAGUGAGGAUAGUCGGGAAAGUACUAUUAGUAGUGAGAAAAAUAACUCUAUCACUGCUAGUAUUCAAUACAACAAGUUAAAUAAAGUUAACCAUCAUCAAAAUAAAGAAGUUGAGGAGAUCAAUAAUAUUAUAGAAAAUGCUAAAAAUGUUCAAUAUAACUCUAUAAAAUCUAUAAGGGACAGAAAAAAAGAUUUACAAGAAAGAAUUAGAAAGAGAAAGGAAAGGCAAACCAAGAAAUUAGGGAGAACCAUUCAAGAAAAUGAUAACACAGUAGAAGAUAAAAGUAAUGCACAGAUCCCCGAGGGCAAUGACCCACACAGAGCCCGAGCAUUUGCCACAGAAUCCACAUAUUCUUUGAAGAGGUCCAGGUAUCUGGCACCAGCCGAUGAGGUCAAUACAUUGCCAGGGUUAUGCCAAGCUAAGACUCGUACGGCGCUAUUGCCAACUCCCACAGAAGGAAGGUUGCCAAAUUGGGAAGAAUGUUCGAACUCCAAGAAAAAGAAAUUUAAACCAAGUCAUUCACCUAUUAAAAAGGCCAAAAAAUUAAAAACAUCUAUUGAAUAUCCAAAUUUUAAUAAAAACGAAAAUAGUAGUUAUCAAUCACCUUUACCGAAAUCCAAAAACGAAACAACUGUAGUUUCUCGUUCUGAAAACUUUAAACCCAUUGAAUGUCCGAAUUCUAAUCAAAAGGACUGUAAACCAAGUCAAACACUUAACAAGGAAACCAAAAGAAAUUCUGAUGAGGAAAGCACUAUGUUACGUUCGCCUUUUGAAAGCAUUACUACCAUUAAAAUGAAAAUCAAGAGUGAAUCUAGCAGCUUACCAACAAAAGACGAUCAUGAACUGCCGAGCUUAUCUAAUAAGAAGAUUACAUCCAUCGAAAGGGAGUCUAGCAGCUCACCAAUCAUAGUAGUUCCUUUACCCUCAAUGGAUGUUAUUGAGCUGAUGAGCUCAUCUGAUGAAAAUGAUAAAGAGGAUAAUUUUGGUGCGGUGGAUAUGGACUUAGAUGAAACUGAAGAGGAAGCUCUAACUCAAAACGGAGAGCAAAGCUUAGAAGUAUUACCUCGACCUGAACCUCCGGUUAUGGAUAAUGCUGAUAGUAAUCAUUCCACCAGCUCCCAAUGUAGCAGUGAAUCUACAAAAAGACGCCACAAGCUGAAGCUUCAAAGCGACGCAGAAAAUGUGGUGGACAGUUUCGAGAAACUGAUUCUCCCCAAUCUUCGAGAAGCUCUCACAGAUCGCUACCGCCGGCAGCAUUCUAGUAGCCUCCAAAGCCGACUGCACUUUAUCUCCUGCGUCGUAACAAGCUCCGAACACAACUCGCGAAGCUUUAGCAAAAUCGAGGUAGCCAAGAUGCAGAUGAAUCUCAAAGCAGCUGACAAUGGCAAAGCCAUUGAAUUUCUGCUAAAGGAGAUCGUCAAUGUGGUAAGUCUGCAAAAGCAGCGACGUCGGGAGCAGGAUGAUGAGCAGAAGCUUGCCAAUUCUCUUAGUCCCAAGAAUACGAAAUCUCCUGUUAAGGCAGCCCCUAACGCGUCAUCGUCACCGUCAGUCGAGCGGAGUCCAACAGCAUUAAGCCCUCACCAGUGCUCUUCAGCUUCAACAUCUCAUCAGAGCACUCAAUGUUCUCCAGCCCUUCUAAGUAAUACCAAAGACGAGGAUAUACGUCAAAGCCCUUCACCUAGUCGGAAAAGUCCUUCAUUGCUGCCCAACUCCCAAAAACAUGAUCAUAUUACCAUAGGACUACCAUAUUUAACCUUGGAUCCCAACCUACACCAUUUUCCUUCUGGUACUUAUCCACGUCUAGGUGUUGGAUCACAUAUAACCGAACCCUUGGAUCAGAGUUUGGUUGAUAUCGAUCGGCGUUUGCUAGAAAAUCAGAAUCGCCGCAGCAUUCUCGAGGAGAUGAUCAUGAAAUUCCAAAAGGAAAAGUCCGAUCUGGAGAUGGUCGGUCUAGAGUUGCAGAGUCGGAAAUUUCUCCUACUGAACUCAAUGAUUUCCAGAGGUGUUCCUUCUGCUGCAUCAACUGUUAGCACCAGGAUCUCACCACCUCCAGCUGAGAAUAGCCAGGAUUCAACGCAGGAGGAGAGUUCUAGCAGAGGAGGUAUAGCCAGACGAACUAGAAGCAGGACUAGAUUAAGAACUAAGGUGGUAAAACUGUUGCCCAAACGUCAGGUUAGAAUACAGAAACGAGUUGUCAAAAGAAAUAAAUCGGCCGAGCUAAUAGCGCAAUUACAGGAAGAGAUUGCUCAUCAGGAUGAGUGUAAUAAAAAACGUGAAGAACAAGACAAGGAAAAGGAUUUAAGACUAAGCAUUCAAUCAAAUAACGAGGAAAAGCCAAUGAAUGAGUCAAAUUAUGAACAAAAGACCGAUUCCUUGCCCAGCGUCAAACCUACGCAAUCGCGUCUGAACAAACCAAAGGCCAAUCCGACCCAUCAGCCUCUGGCUAUAAUACCACCGCUAUCACCACCUCCACCGCCACCCGAACCAAUCUGUCACAUGUCCUUCGACAUUCCCCGCGGUCACCACUGGUCAGAACUUAACUCACGAGAGCAAUACAGAAAUGGUUUCGUACGGAAGGGAAAACUGCGCGAGGUGUUAAGCCCUAUAACCCAAAUAAAGAUCUACAGGGAGUAUGUGAUAGCCGCGGCUGAGGAUGGGGAUAUCUACAUGUUCCACCUGGUCAGUCACAAGCUGAUACUACAGGUUACCAAACACAGUGAGGCCAUUACGAAUAUGUGCCUCAACGAAAAGGAUUCUACUUUGUACACCACAUCCCUGGAUGGCUUUUUUAAGAAGUCUUCGCUGCAGAAUCUGGAGCGGGUUAUAGAAACGGUGUACUUCAAGGAGCCACUGCAAUCGAUUGACAUCGCUUGGGGAUUGGUUUUCAUUGGCAGUCGAUGGGGUAUAAUCUCUACCUUCAAUGAUGUGACCAAUAAGGUGAUGGAUAUGCCUUUGGUUUCAACCGGCCAGUCCAUUAUUGCAAUUAAAGCCACCAAGGAAGGUGUACGAAAGAUAAUUGUUCUUGGAUGCAAGGGGAACUUUGUCCAAAUACAUGAUGCAGCUAACGGAUUACUACUACGUCGAUUGUGUAUUCCAGACGGUUUAAAUGUCUACAGUUUGCUUUUAAACGAUGGGCACAUUUACUGUGGUACUCAGAAGAACGAGAUCUAUCAAUUGGAGUUUAAUACUGGCGUUUUGGUUAAAAAGCUAAGCUGCGGCAAUGGAGCAGUAGGCAUUGUAUCCUAUAAAGAGCGUUAUUUGCUAGUUGGCUGCUACGAUGGCUUCAUUUAUGUCCUAGACAAGGUAACUGGAGCUAAAAUGGGACGAUUCGAGGGUGCUGGCCGUUUGGUUUUAGCCCUAACAGUUGCAGGCGAUAAAAUCGUCACAUCUUCAAAAGAUACCUCACUGGAAAUACUGGAAGUGCCCGCAGCCAUGAUAAAUGGCCAUUGAGACGCGUAUCAUUAAUUGUAUAAAUCAGUUUUAAUAUAAUAUUUUUACACACAAUUGUUUGUAUAAUACAAAUCAAUGAAAAUAGUC